CUCUGCUUAAGGACUGGGAGGGCCAGGUUUGGUGACAUCUCUUCUUUUAAAGAACAUGGACCAGAAGAAUAAGAUUUUCUGUCACUUUCCUAGAGAAUCUACAAACACAAGCUCCUCGGGAUCCGAUUACUUUUCUUUUUGGAAGAGAGAGUUCCUCUCCUGUUUCCUUACAAACCCGCACUAUGGCAGCCUCAUUAAUGCAGAUGGCCAUGCUGAAGUGUGGACAGAUUGGAAUGAUUUAUCCAAGUUUUCCCAGUAUGGAUGGAGAUGCACCACUAAUGAGAAUACCUAUUCAAAUCGUACCCUGAUAGGUAACUGGAACCAGGAAAGAUAUGAUCUAAGGAAUAUAGUACAGCCCAAACCCUUGCCUUCCCAGUUUGGACACUACUUUGAAACAACAUAUGAUACAAGCUACAAUAACAAAAGACCACUUUCAGCCCAUAGAUUUAAGCGAGAGCCUCACUGGUUCCCAGGACAUCAACCUGAGCUGGAUCCACCUCGAUACAAAUGCACAGAAAAGUCAACUUAUAUGAAUAGCUAUUCAAAACCUCAAAUUGAGCAUCACUCUGUGUGUGUAUGUAAUAAUAAUAACUGCCCAUUUCAGGGUGAGAGGUUCUAACAAAAUUAUAAGAAGCUUCGUUUUUCCAGAACAGAAUUCAGGAGGGAGCACAUUUUAAGCACAACUAAGAAGUCAGAAGACUAUAGCACAGUUUCACUCUCUGAAUAAAUAAAGCACAGGAAAUGUUAUCUACCACCUUUAACCAAUAUUUAAAUGUAUAAUUUGAGUUGGUUAUAUCUAUUAGUUAUAUAAUUAGGGGUGUUGUAAGAGGGCAGUAAAAAAUAAUUAUUUCUCUCAAAUCUAUAACCAGUCUUCUCUUUACUGCCUUCUAUCAGGAGCAAAAUUCAGUAUAACUUAAGCUACAUUUGCCUGGAUGCUCUUGGGUAUGAGUCUGAUAGUCAUGGUCAGACAGUGUAACUUUAAUGUGAUCUUCAUGAACAUUCCUCUUAAGGAUUAGAA